AUGUCUUUACCGUUUGACCCUACACUUGAUUGUAGUGCUGCUGAGUAUUCGCUUGGAAAUAAAGGACGAGCACCUCUAACCAACUCACAAGGCCAAGGAAAUAUGUACAACUCACCACGACCUGCGCAACAGGAACAACAACAACGAACAGUGGAUAGCCCUCCUCCUCCAAAAGGAAGUCUUGAGAGGUUCAGGGAUUACGUGGGACGUACUUGCUGUUCAUGUUUCUUGAAGUUGCCGGCAAUGGUAAUUGUAAUUGUAAUGGUUAUCAUAAUUGCUCUACUUCUGGCAUUAAUACCAACCGUUGUAAUUCUGACCAACUCGGAAAAGCAACAACAAAUUUUGUACGGCGAAGAAUUGGAUCUCCGUCGAGAAAAUCACAUAUUCGUAAAACCGGAUCCUUUGGAUGAUGAGGACGAUGUUAUGGACGAUAUGAGACGUGACGGAAUACGUAUUGUACAUGGUAUUCCAUCCAAUGUUCUCCUUCCACCAAAUGUCUCGCUUUGUGAAGGAUUUGGAUUCGCGUGCACAAAUCAACCGAGUGUGGUAAUAAGCACGGCGCUUCGAUGUGACGGGAAGAGUGACUGUCCGGAUGGAUCGGACGAGUUGAACUGCAAAGAUUGCCAAUCUGCCUUCUCAUGUUCUAUAUCUCGGAAAUCAAAAGUGAAAGUAUGUCUAAGAGCAGAACAACUUUGCGAUGGUAUCACACACUGUCCAGAUGGUUAUGAUGAGGAGACACAUUGCAAAUCAACAUGUGACGAUGACGAGAUGAGUUGCCCAUCAACAUCACUCUGCCUGCCUCCUUCAUCCGUAUGUGAUGGGAUUGUAGACUGCGACACGGAAGAAGAUGAGGUUAACUGCGAGGACUGUAAUCGUGGAGCUCGGUUCUGUGAAGUCACUAAACGAUGUAUCCCAGCAGGGCAGCUAUGCGACGGUAUUCCUCAGUGUCCGGAUAAAUCCGACGAACAGGACUGCAACUGUCGUUCAUGUUCUGGGUCUGGUAAGGCGUUGUGUGCAGAUGGCAUGUGCCUGGAGCGCUCCAGAGUCUGUGAUGGUGUCAUCGACUGCACUGAUGGUAUCGACGAAGAGGAGUGUCCAGGUUCAUGCAUCUUGGAAGACGGCGAAGAGGUCCCUCACAUAAAAUGUGCUGAUGGACGAAGUUAUCCAAAAGCAGAAGCAUGCUCUGGGAUAAUAGAACAAUGUGCGUACAAUUGUACGAAAUGUGAUCCACAUUUGGCUUUCACUUGUAAUGACAAGAAGUGCGUGCCGCAGAUGCUUGUAUGCGAUGGGAUUGAGGAUUGCUCCGAAGGCGAGGAUGAACGGAGCUGUAGUUGUGGAGGAUUCGACAAGUUCGAAUGUAGAUCUGCUUCUGGAAAAACAAAGUGUAUACCAAAAAAGAAAGUCUGCGAUGGAGUAUGGGACUGUAUGGAUGGGAAGGACGAAAUGAAAUGCGAUUCAUGCCCCAAGGAUUCGCUCCGCUGUCCUGAAGAAGGAAAAUGUAUCCCAAUGAUUUCCCGCUGCGAUGGCGUAGCGGACUGUCGAGACGGAUCCGAUGAGAAAGAUUGCACGUGCAGAGAGUGCAUAGGACGUCACUGGAACACGUACAUGUGUGGGGCGACAUCUCACUGCUUUAGGAGGGACGAAGUCUGCGCACCAUACACACUAUGUCCAAAUGCCACUAAGGCCGACAAAGUAGAGGGGAUGUCGCUUAGCCGCAUCCUGCCCGCGGGUAAAAACGCUCGUAUCGUAGUUAUUCCGCUUCGCAGCGCUCACCACGCUGCUCAGGCAGGAGCGGCCGACCAUGUUGAAGCGAGGCCUGAGGAGCUUGAUAACCCAUCGUUCUUCCAGAAGAUCUCUCUACGCUUCCAAGGAAUACCACUGAAGGGUGAACUUCAUCCUCCGAAGUCCAUGUUUUCUGAUUGCGGAAAGGAAUGGUUUGCUCCCAAACCACUUCCGGAGGUUCCAAAAGACUACAAGGAACAUCCGGACAGAGACUUGGUUAACUAUCCCUAUCCUGCUCGACCAAUGUAUCCACCGAAAACUCGGCUUUUGAUGAUGCCUGAUUCUUGGUUCACUCCGUUCCAAAAGGUUACUGGAGUAUCAGGGCCAUACUUAUUCUUCGGUGGACUAUUUGCUUUCCUCGUUAACAAAGAGUUGUGGGUUUACGAGGAACAGGGACACAUGACGGUUGGAUGGAUUCUCUUCUAUCUGCUCGUCUCGAGGACAGUUGGAUACCGAAUCGACAAUUGGCUGUACGGUGAGUACCAAAAACGCAUGGAUUACUUCAAGGGAUUGAUCGCCGAAGAUCUCAAGGACGCCGUCGAAUUCCGAAAGACAUCCGCUGCCCAGACUGAAUCGUUGAAAGCAGUUAAAGAGGCUUUCCCAGUGAUUAUGAAGGAGAACAUGCAGUUGCAGCUUGAGGCACAAUACAGGAAGAAUGUACAAAGUGUUGCCACCGAGCUGAAACGUCGUCUUGAUUACCUCAAAGAAACAGAGGAGACGAAAAAACGUUUCGAAAAGGAGCAGAUGUUGAAAUUCAUCACUGAAGGGGUGGAGAAGCAAGCAGCUGAAAAAGCUUUCAAAGACCAAUAUCUGCAGAACGCUAUCCAAACGUUGAAAGGACUUCAGGUUCAGGUGUAA